AUGGAAUUACAGGACAUUAAAGAUAACAUAUACGCCAAUAAUAUUGCAAUUUUAUCGAUGAGUCGGGUGGACGCCGACAGCGGCCGAACUACUGCUCAGUUCAAUCGGCCGUCACAUGCUCUCAACUCUCGGCAUUUAGUCCGUGAAGAUAAUCGAUGGUAUAAAUUAAGUUUUUAUAAUUUCGUUGUUUGUUCACUAUUUAUAAUCUGUUUGUGUGUCAUAUUGGGAGUACUUCUUACUACUUAUAAGACCACUAAAAGUCAUUCAAAAGGAUUUGCCUCAUCGUUAACAUCUGACGACUAUUUAGGUGGCAGUGAACCCAUUACAUUAAAUGAUAUAUUAUUGGGUGUACUGUCACCACAACUGUUCAAUGGCUCGUGGAGUGGCAAUAAAAUUAUCUUUUACGAUGAAGACAGCAAUUUAUGUACAUUUGAGCCAACAUUAAACCAAAAACAAGUGCUUAUUCAAAACCAGACUGUUUUGUCAUCGGAACUGACUGGUGAUCUCUUAUCUAAGAACUUGGAUUAUCUGUUAUCGCCAUACGAUACAAGCAAAACAUUUAGACACUCAACUAUAUCUAAAUAUCGUAUUUAUGAUAUUAUUAAUAAUACAUUAAUAGAGUUGAUAUCAGAAGAUGACCAUCAAUUUGGUAAUAAACUCAUCCAAUACGCAGAAUGGGGUCCAAGAGAUACUCAAAUAAUAUUUGUCUAUAAAAAUAAUCUCUACUAUAAGCCAUAUGCUUAUGCUGCACCCAUACAGCUCACAACUACCGGUGCCACAAAUUUAAUAUAUAAUGGAUAUUGCGAUUGGGUUUAUGAGGAAGAGAUACUGGAAAUGGAGAAAGCAUUUUGGGUGUCACCCGACGGUUCUCAUCUGGUUUUCGCUAAGAUUAACGAUUCCAAAGUAGACAUCAUUACGUGGCCUUAUUUUGGACAAUACUAUAAUUUGAGUAGUAAUCAGUAUCCAUCAGAAGUGGCGCUUAGAUAUCCAAAGCCUGGAAGAAAUAAUCCGACGGUUGAAGUAUUUGUAGUUAAUCUCAACGAAUCAAUUGAAAACAUUGAGAUAAUUCAUAUCAAUCCUCCAGAUAUUAUUAAAAAACAGGAACAUUAUAUAACAGCAGUCGGAUGGUUGGACAGCAAUAGAUUUACCAUAACGUGGUUAUCCAGAGCUCAAAAUUUUUCAGUCAUUGAUGUUUGCGAUAGAAAGAAACGCUGGAAUUGCAAUACUACCUUUACGGUAGAGUCGGCUAACAGUUGGAUAGAUCUAUAUCAGGCACCCGUAUCCGCAGUCAAACAUAACGGAUACUUUAUUAAGUUACCUGAACUGAUAAACCCAUCGGCGGGUUAUUAUCAUCACGUGGCACUUGUUAGCAUUGAAAACCAAACCGUGAAAUACCUAACUAAAGGCUUGUUUGAUAUCAUUCAAAUCGUGGCCUAUAAUGAAGAUGAAGAUACUGUGUAUUUUUUGUCAACAUUACCGGAAAAGCCAGAAUUGCGUCAUCUGAUGGCUGUCCAGAUAGAUAAUGAACCAAAUUUAGAUCCGAUUUGUUUGACCUGUCAUUUAAGUGACAGUUGUUUCUAUAAUAAUGUUUACUUUAAUGAAAAGAUAGACUAUUAUGUAUUGAAUUGUGAGGGACCGGGUGUACCAAGAGUUGAGAUCAGACGAACCAAAAAUAAUUCUUUGAUUACUGAGUUGGAUGACAACCAAAAAUUGCGUCAAAAAUUAAGAGAAAAGUCAAUACCAGAGAUCAGAAAACUUAAGAUUAAAACAGACGACAAAUUUUACUCUAACGUUGAACUGGUUUUGCCGCGAAAUUUUGACCGACAAAAGAAAUACCCGCUUAUGAUUGAAGUCUAUGGAGGACCGGGCAGUCAAAUGGUUAUUGACAAAUAUAGGAUCAAUCAUUGGGGAUCACAUUUGGCAUCAAAUAUGAGUGUCAUUUACGGACGAAUUGAUGGCAGAGGUACUGAUAAUAAGGGAUCAAAAUAUUUGCAUGAAAUCUAUAAGAAUUUAGGUAAUGUUGAAGUCAUGGAUACAAUAGUAACCGCAAGACAUCUGAGGGAUAAUCUAGAAUUCAUAGACAGACGUUUUAUAUGCAUCUGGGGCUGGAGUUAUGGGGCAUAUGUGACACUUAUGUCACUCGCACUCGACUAUAAAGAUCCAGUUUUCCAGUGCGGUAUAGCUGUAGCUCCGGUAACUAAUUGGAUGUUUUACGAUUCUGUUUAUGUGGAACGGUAUAUGGGAUGGCCUUUUGAUAACCAGAAAGCUUACAACAGGUCGGAUGUGUUAAAUAAAGUGGAUUACCUAAGAAAUAAACGACUACUCAUUGCUUUUGGGACGGCUGACGAUAACGUACACUCACAGCACUCUAUGUUAUUAAUGUCUAAAUUGAAUGAUUUGGGAAUACUAUACGAGACUCAGAUAUAUCCCGAUAACGACCACUCAUUGCGAGGAUCGACAAUACAUUUGUAUCAACGGAUGAAUGAU